ACACGAAAACUAGCCGUUACAACAGACUCUGACUCUCUCUCUCAAGAUUCCUCUCCGCGCAAAGAAUCUUCAUUUCUGUUUCGCUUCCAACACUCCAAAUUCCAUUUCAUUUUCAUCUCUCUCUGUAUCUGAUGCUCAGAACAAAUUUCGAUUCCGAAAAUGGCACUAGCAAGUACCAACACUGAUCAAUCCACAAUCACCACUCCUUCAAAGAAACCCUCAAAAAACUCCGAGAAUCUGAACCCUAACGUGCCUCAUCAUCGAAGCCCUUCUUCAAAGUCCCCUGCUUUGCGAUCCUCCAAGCCAAACAACAGCAACCCAAUUGCGCAAUCGCCGCAGAACAGGAUCCGGCAGAGGAAGUUCGUGGUGGCAAAGAAGAAAAAUCAGAAGGGUACCCAAAACGACGCCGUUUCGUGCAAGUGCAAACACAAUGGUGGCGCCAAGUGUGUUUGUGUAGCUUUCCAGACUCUGAGGGCUUCUCAGGAAGAGUUUUUCCUCAAAGAAAAGAAGGAUUGUGAUUAUGAUUUUGAAGAAGAAAGAGAAGAAGAAGCAAAAGCUGUGAAUGCUAUUGAAAUCUAUGGAACAAAAAGUGAAACAGUGCAAGGAGAAGAAGAAAAAGAAGAAGGAGGUUCCACAGUGAAACGAAGGAGGGAGAGAGAUAGGUUGUUGGAAGAGGCAAGGAAUAGUGUUCCUGAAAAUGGGUUUGGGAGGGUUAUGCAUUUGGUGAAAGCCUUUGAGAAGCUUCUCACUAUACCUAAGAGUUCAAAGGAGAAAGAUCACAAGGAGGAGCAUGAUCAUGAGCAUGAAGAGCAAAAGAAUAAGAGCCAGGUGAUGAAAUGGGCAUUGCCAGGGUUGCAAUUUCAACAACAUCCUAAGCCUAAGACACUUGAAGCUACUACUGAUGAUGCUUCUGUUUCGGGUUCUUCUUCAUUUUGUUGUACUUCUGAUUUGGUUUUGACAUCCAAGAACCUUGGUAUUGGUCAAGGGAUUUCAGUUUCUUCAUCUUGGGAUUGUAACCGUGCAAGUGUAUCUAGUAGGACUUCUGGGGGUAGAAGGAGCAGGAGAAAUAGCUCGGAGUCAUCUGGGACUUUUGGAGGGAGGAGGUGGAAGCAGAAGGAGAAGCUAAAAGUCACUAGGCAAAAACCAUUUAAGUUAAGAACAGAGCAAAGGGGAAAGUUGAAAGAGGAAGAAUUUGUGAAGAAAGUACAAGAGAUGAUGACUGAAGAAGAGAAGAUGAGGAUACCAAUUGCUCAGGGGCUUCCAUGGACAACAGAUGAACCUGAGUGCUUGUUAAAACCUACAGUUAAAGAAAGCACAAGGCCUAUUGACCUAAAGCUUCAUAGUGAUAUUCGGGCAAUUGAUCGUGCUGAAUUUGACCAACAGGUGGCAGAAAAAAUGAACUUCAUAGAACAACUCAAGUUGGAAAAGGAAAGACAACAAAAGUUAGAAGAAGAAGAAGAAAUCAGGAGGUUGAGGAAGGAACUCAUUCCAAAAGCUCAACCAAUGCCUUAUUUUGACAGACCAUUUGUCCCAAGGAGGUCAAUGAAGCAUCCCACUAUACCUAGAGAACCCAAGUUCCACAUGCCCCAACAUAAGAAGAUCAAGUGUUUGGUCAUGGAAUGACAUGUCCUAUCUCAACAUAAGAAAUCAAUGAAUGCUUCAUUUCUCCAUCAUUCUCUCCACAAUAUAAUUAUAAAAAUGCAAAUUAAUGGUAGUGUAUUGAGAUAUUAUAAAAAAAUACAAACUAAUGUGUUCCAAACAAGUUCAAAUUAAUGAUGACUAAUUAUGUUUUUAGUUCUCAAA